AUUGACACUUUACUAAUAUGAUAGAAGUUUAAAGUAAAUAUUUUCGAUUUAACUUAUUUUGAAUUAUAUAAAAAUAACUUAUUUAUGUUUUAAAAGCUAGUUGAGUUUUUAAAAUGUUUGGAGAGAAAGUAAUAGAAUUGUUAAAGGAGGCUGAGAGAAAUCAAGAUACAAUUGAUAUGUAUAAUGAUGAAAAAAUUCGGCAAAUAAUUCAAGAAAUGCACAUACUAUUUAAAUUGAAUAUGGUUGAUGCGAAUGCAACAACGGAAAACAAAUCUUUAUGGACAACAGUACAAGUUCGACAUUCUGCAUUAGAAAGAAACAAGCGAUGUUUACUCGCCUACCUUUACAAUAGAAUGAAUAAAAUUAAAACAUUACGAUGGGAAUUUGGCUCAGUUUUACCACCAGAUGUCAGGGAACUUCUCUCGGAUAGUGAAUAUGAAUGGUUUACAAAAUACUCAACUAACCUCGCUUCAUACAUGAGGUCACUUGGUGAAGAUAUAGGGUACAAUGGUAUAGAUCUUACGGAAAAUCUUAGACCUCCGAAAUCACUAUACAUUGAGGUGCUAUGCAUAACGGAUUAUGGUAAAUUGGAGCUAGAAGACGGUGACGUUAUAAUGCUUAAGAAGAACAGCAGACACUUCUUACCGACGGUAGAAUGCCAAACUUUAAUAAGACAAGGGGUUUUAAAACAAAUAAUGUAACUAUGGGACAUUUAGUGAU